AUAAUACUUUAAGUCUUCAUAUAAAAAAGGCAGAAUUAGGGGGAAAAAACCCCAAAGAACCACACUUUAUGCCUUAAGCAAGUGUCAUUUUUCAUUUGAAAUAUAAUUUAGGGAUAUUGUGAAAUAAAGUUUUUAUAUUUAAUGACUGUCAAUCUGUCAGCUUUUCUGAGCUGUUUGACAAAAAAGCCUCAGCCCAGAGUCUGUGAAGAAGACUGUGUGUGCAGGAAGAGGGGAAGGGUAAGACAAGGCUUUCAACAACUUUGUUCUCCUAAUUAAGGCUCACUUAGGGGGAGGGGAAGGGGGAACAGUUAUCCACUGAAAAUGUGGUUUCAUCAAAAGAAAAUGAGAUCUGCUUUUGUUGGCUGCUGCUCACCGCUGCAGCAUGCAAAAAAAAAUAGGCUAGUGUAGGGAGAAACUGCAAUCACAUGCAGACCACGGCAAAUGAAGCAGGAAUAGCAGCGGUGUGCUAUUGGCCUUUCAAAUACUGCAAAAAAAGUGCAUCAAAUCAUGCAAUAAAUGUGUAGAGAAAAUACGGUCUUUGGGAUCAGAAUAGGAAAAAGCAGACCAAUGCGUAUACGUCUUGGUAUUUAAAGCAGUGGGACCUGAAGUAGUGAAGAGUGACCUAAGAAAUGGUAUUGGGAAUAUGGUAGAGGAUGAGGUUAGCCUGGAGGACAGGAGGUAUCGGUGGUUGCUGUCAGCAAAGCACUUCAAAUGCAGAUUUUUUUUUUUUUUCCUGGAAUCGGGUUCCUUGUAAUAUAUUCAUUAAUGCGGCAUGAUGGAAUAGGGAGUACAGUUAUAAUGUAUGUCCAGGGCACCAAGCUGGGAAGAGAUACAAGCAGUACAGGGGACUGAAUUACAGUUCCAAAUGAUCUUGAUGAAUGGGAGAAAUGAUCUGAAACCAACAGUAUGAGACUCCCUGAAGGGAACCAUAAUGCCGAGCUAAGAAAGGUGAAAUCAAAUACACAAAACCUGAGCAAUCGAUAACCAGCUGCACAGCACUGCAGAAAUGGUGAAAAUGAGGGUGGGCUCCCCUGGACUCAGCAGAUGUUUCGGUUUUGAAAUGAUGUCACGACUGUACAGUGUAUUGAUAUGAGUGUCCUGUGUAAGGUGGAGGUGAGAAAGAGUUGUUACGCCCAUGAAUGUGGUGAGGACUCCGUGUCCUGUUUGGACACUGAGCUUUGAAAGAGAUGAAAAUAAAUUGCUCUUUGAAUAGAGCACCAAAGGGCCCGGGGAGGUUUGGCAAAUGCGGUUCUGAGCAAUGGUGGUGGGGAGGUAGGGGAUUAUUUAGUCUAGAGACUCCGUAAUAGUGGAGAGGUCUUGAAAUAAAUUAGCGGUUGUUUCAAAACGGACAGAUGUUUAAUUUCUCACCCGAUUCACUGAGGCUGGAAGAAGCAAUCAACUUCAUCUGAAAUGGGAAACAUUUUGUUUUUAGCUGCUUUUUACCGAGAAGGUUGAGGGGCUGUGGAGGCUUCAGCAUCACCACUGCUGGAGUCCUGAUGUCCCCAUGAACUGGGGUUGUGCGGCUGGGUUUUGUCCCUGAAUAGCUCUUGGCCCUGGCAGCUGGUUCCACCGUGUUGGAAGGAAGAGUGAGGUCUCCUUUGACAGUAAGAAGGCUGCAGUGGGAGCUCAUCACUUAAUUAUCAGAGGGGUAAGAGCGGGAAGCAGAAAAUAGGCAAUGAGCAGGUGAGGAAAGACAGGGGGACUUUGCAAAUAGCCUUGCCAUGGGUUUAUGUUAGGUCAGGACUUACUUCUUCAAAGAUACCAAUGAAUGCAGCUCAAGCUGCCUUAACUCUGAUUUGUAUAAAACAAAUCGCCAAAUCCCCUGCCAGCCAGCACAACCUGAACGUACGGCAAACAUGAUGCUCCCUGGAGCAGACACAUCUGCAUUUUCAUUGGCUUUCAUUUCAUUCAUUCCCAUUUCAGUUUUUGGAAGACCUUCAUUUUCAUAUAGGGCUGGGUUCAGAGGGUGUCAGCCGGGCUUCGCAAAACAGAAGCACCUCCAGUCUGCAUUGGGAUCCAGCCGGUGUACUCUUCCUGUUUUACAGUCAAAUAGUUCCCUAUUUCUUGUGAGCCUUUGCCUCUCUCCAAAUAUCUUCCUAGUUUACUGGUUGACUUUGUAUUUGCUGUUAAUUACCAUUCUCUGUGCUGGCUUUAAGAGGGUUAAAUUUUUAAUGCUCAAGUUUUGGUAGGGCCAUUAAUGGGUGGGACAGGAAUGUUACAGACACAUCUUUGCCUUUCAGAAGCGCAGAUAUAAAGGCAUGUGUGCAAAUACGAUAGCAGCUUAUUGUCCAGCUGGAAUCUAAAAUGUGUUGUUUAUUGAUAUAUAUUAAUUAUUGCAUAUUUUAUAGACUAUUCUGUGGGACCUGUGGCUACCAGAUACCUGCUUGGAUUGAGAAGGUACCUGGUGGGGUCUUGCCUGCCCAACAAAAGCGUCAAAAAGAUGAUCAGAAAACCAACACCGGCCAAAGGUUUCUGAGCCCUGAGUGGCUUGAUGACCACGGAAGUCAGGAGGAGUCGGGCUGGGAGACCUUGACUCCACACAACCCAACCUGCAGAUCCAUCAUCUCCUUUGGGCCAGAUCUGCAAGUUCAGGGAGGCAGUUGGGUGGAAAAUGGUCUUGGAACAGUAACUGAAAAACCUUGCCUUCCAUUUAGGUUGGUUUAAGCUGCUGUGAAGCUUCCUCCUCAGUUCCUUAGAUAGCCCCCCUCCCAGAUGAGCAGGAUUUUUCUGCUUGUGCUGAUGGGAUGAGGUGUGGGUGCCAAGAUCAGCCCACGCAUGCAUGUCUUGCUAAACAAGCGGUGUGUGGUGUACACGCUGCAGGAUCCUUGCGUGGGCAGGAAGAGGUGGAAGCAAAGCCAAAGCUUUUGAUGAAGAGCAUUUGCAAAAGAACCUGAAGCUUUGCAUGGCCCUAUCUUGGGUGGGGAAUUGAGCUGGGCCUUGAGCCUAGUGACAACAGCAAGAAGAUUUAUCUGACUUUUCUCAAUACCUGGACAAUGUUGCUAUGUGAGCUGCCAGUUUCCAGUGUCAGAAGAUCCCAUGUGGGUAAGUGGUUUUGAAGUCAGCCAGUUCUGUUUCCCAUGCAGCCACGUGAUGCAAUGAACGCAUUGCUCAGCAAUGUCUGAAGCAAGCAGGGUUGCAGAAAUUCAUCCCUCUGAGAGAAGAACAGCAUUUUCUCCAGGAAGCCUGUACAGGCACUGCGAUGAAGCUUUUUCUUUUCUUUUUAAUGAUUCACUAAGACUGUCACUAAGGUACUUGAUUCACCCUGUUCCUAGCCUCCAUAGAUCCUCUAGCCUCUGGUAAGCUGUGAAACCAUGAUUCCCAGGCUAAUGAGUCUUCUCUCCUGUGGUGUGUCUCGGCGUUACCUCUUGGUAUGAAAGCAAAGGACUUCUCCAGCACAUGAAGCUGUUCUGAGGGGGGUCUGUCUGACCAUGAUCCUAAUUCUUUUCUUUGGAGUACAGCGGCUGGAGAGGAAACUCACCCCCACCCUCCAUAUCAGCGCAGCCUCCUGGUUUGAGGUGGGCUGCGGUUCCCACCCUGUGCGUUAUCCCUGUUCCUCUGUGCUUUACCCUGACUUUUUGCUGUGUAUACAGUGACCCAUCCUCAGCCUUGAGAUCCUCGUUCACCUCUUCUGAUUUCUCCAGCCCUAUCAUCAAUGCUUGGUUUUCGCUAGUGUAUUCACGACAACUAAUCUGAUGCAACCUUGGGAUUUGUAUUUUGUGAGUCCUUGCCCCAGCUGAUCGAGGAGGAGAAGGAGAACCUUCUGUCUGUGCCUCUCUUCAGCUCUGCACGGCCUUUAGGGUGCAGCUCCACGUCUGGACCCCCCACCCUGAAAAAGGGAUUGAAGGCAAAAGGGUAAAGGAGUGAGAAAAUUCACUGUUUGAAUCCACCUUUGGGUGCUGGGAGACAUGCUCUGUAACAUGUGCCUGCCCAUGCUCGUCAAGGAAAUUGCACCGAGAGCCGCAGUCAACGUACAGCAGCUGCGUUCCUCGCCUGCGCUGUUUCCUCUCCGACAGUCCUUCAACCGGGCUAGAAAAUGCCUCCUUGCUCGUGGAAAGCAAGAUCUUGGUGAAGCCAUCAGUGGGAGUGUGAAUGAAGAUUUCACAACCCGGUCCCCAAGGAGCAGAGCAAGCGCUGCCUUGGGGCUGAAUCGGCGUUUCUCACCAGUGAAAGAUAGGGCGGACAUACGAAGUGCUGAAUUUCUGACAAUACAACAUAGUCCCUCGAGGAGAGGCAACUUCAGCAUGGCCCAUAAAAGCCAAGCUGGUGGAAUUGAGAGAAAUGAGUCACUCUCCUCCAUCCUCUAUUGCAAGAGUGAUUUAAAGGAAGGAUCCCGGCAGUGGGUGAAAGAACCCCUCAAUGGCCAGGUGCUCAUGGUGCUCAGCAUGGACAACAACUGCUCAGCCACCUCCUUUGACAUGGAGCUUUGUGCAGAGAAACUGAAGUCCCUUGGAGUUCAGGUGGCAGCAGAUCAGUGGAGAAGGUUAAUCCAGGAUGCUGUCCUGAAGCCUGAAGUGAGACGGUACAUGUUCUACAACUCCAGGGCAUUCCAGAUAGCCAUUGCCAUGGUUUUCUACAUGUCUCUCUGGACAAACAUUUACUCCACAGUCCAGCUGUGUUCCUUCGGACGCUACUGGGAGGCCAGCGUGCUGGUGACCCUGGCUGCCGUAGUGGUCACUGUAGUUGUGAUACUGGUUAUGGACCACCACCAGAGGAAGAUAAAUAUGAAUACAGAUGUGAGGCUGGCAGCUGUCAAUGAAAUCUUUAUCAAACAUGGUUUAAUACUGGGGAUUACAGAUGCCCUGGACGGGCCACAUAACAUCCUACAACUGUGGUUCGUGCACUUCAGCCUGGAGCGCUGCCUCCAGUCCUUGUCAGCCCACAUCACGGACCUGCAGAGGACACGAGAGUCGGACUUGCGGCACAGCCUGGACCAGCUCUGUGUGGUUAUGGAGGCAGCGGGUCAGCCCAACCCGGGGACGGAGGAGGAGGCUUUGUGUGAAGAGUCUCCUCUUCUAUCCAGCCGGGUGAACCUAACCAAAGAGCCUGUGAUGUGCAACGAGCUGCUCCGCCUCGUGCCUGAGGGCCCACCAGAGGUGAUGGCCCAGCAGCUCCUGGUGAUCUUCAGUGGAUGCUAUGUCCGGCUCCUGGUCACCGGCCGGCUCCCUCGGGCCGUGGCAGGGGGGCACCUGGAGCACAGCAGUGUGCCCUGUCUCUGUCAGUUCAUCGAGACCACCGCACUGACCACGCACCAGAGCUGGUUCAUGGGCAGGUGACCAGAGUGGACUGGAAAACGCCGAAAACUAAAAGCUCUCCAUACACAACAGUGUGAAGAAGCUGUGGGGCAAAGGAGAGGGCUGUAAUUGCUCAUCCUGGACUUAUCCAAAGGAACGAGUGGAAACAUGACUCUAAUAAAACAUGCAAGACUCAUCAGAAAGCUGCUUAUCUUUGAGACCUCCUGCCUGCCCCCUGGCUCGGUGUGAAGGAGCUGCUGUGGGGGGUCAGAAAAAAUCCAAGCACAGCCUGGAGAUCCCUUGGGAAAUUCCCUGCUGCUCUUACCUGGGAGCCUCGUCAAGCCACAGGGAAUAGCUGCAGGUGCCAGCCCCACGCCUUCGAAAUGAAGCAUGUGGGGUUUUUUUUUAGCACAAGGAAGAUAGGGGAAAAUCUGUGUGUAGCAGUGUUGUAAAUGUGAUGUUUGCUCUGGAUUAUGCUCGUGUCACGAGGCUGUCAGUGACGGCGAGCUUUGGCCUCUGACAGCCAUGGGCGACGUCUCAGCAAUGACUCAACAAACUUGCUACUUAAGAUCUAGCUCGGGACGGUGCUUGGUGCCUGUCACCCCUGGGAGGAGGGUGAUGGACAUCUUGGUGAUCCAUGGGAUGAGGCCUUAAAGAAGGCUCUGUGCACUGUGUAGGGCACCCUGGGGCAUGGCUCUUUUUGGACUCUCAGCUGCA